AUGUUAAGUAUUAGCCAUUCAGGCUCCACGUGGGCACGCGUCCUGAGCACAGGUGCUUUAUGUCCACGAGACCUGCGCCAGGUAAGUCUGUUACAGUCCUCACCAGAACAGUUGCCAAAUGUCCCUUCUACUCUGGAGACGCGGAUGGCUAAAGAUUACCAACAACCUGAUUUACCUAAGAUGGCAGCUAUCUCUAUAUCACUACAGGUACAGGCGGUGGAGAAACAGCAGAAGCAGGAAGACGCUUUUUUUAUGGUGCAGGGAGCUCCAACGGCUAAUAUUUAUUGUUUGGCUGAUGGUGGUGGGGUGGGAGACUACUGA